AUGAGAAGCAAGAGGGUCAGUAUCGCAUGUGGGAUUAUCAUAUUCGCGGCAAGUAAUGUUCUUCGUGAAGUUGGAGCGCAUGAACAACGGCGACGCCUGCAGCAGCACUCGCUGUCCUCUUGCGAGGCGGACACCUCGGAGCCCAUUGUCGUAGCGGGCGACUCCUCUGGCCCGGACGAUGUCAGCGCGGCGCUGCUGGAAGCCGGCGUCUGCGCGGCGACCGCGACCAACUCCAGCAGCGUAGUAAUCACCGUGCACUGGAACAGCAGCGGCGUUCAAACCUCAGAACCGUUCUUGGUCCCGCCGGGCGUCGAGCUUCGGGUUAUUGGCAACGGUUGGUACAACCAGAGCAGCGCCCAAGGCCUCGACCUCGACGACGAGCUGGAGGCCGCGAUCGCUAGCACGGCCGCCGCCGCCGGAUGGGAAGGCUCUGAGCCCUCGGUGAUCAGCAGCAGCGGCGGCGGCGGCGGGCUGUUCAUCGUCCAGGCAGGCGGCGCGCUCCACCUGUCCGAUGUCGUCCUGUCGGGUGCCUGGGGCGGCGAGGACGGGGGCAGCGCCGUCAGCUUGGUCGGCGGGGAGGUCACCGGGACGGACGUACGGUGGGAGUCGCUGUCGGCGGAGGGCGCCGGCGGCGCCAUCUACGCCCAGGACGGCGGGACCGUUACCCUCAAGGGCCUGCACCACUUCCACAACUGCUCUUCGGGGACCCUCGGGGGCGGGGCGGUGUUCAUGCAGGAAGCCUACGGUCUGUUCGACGACGGCGCCCAGGUGUACUUCGAGGGCUGCGGGGCGCCUGACUCAUCGGGCGGGGACGGCGGUGGCGUCGAGCUCUCCGCAUCGAACCUUACCAUCUCCAGCAACGGCAGGACUCGGUUCAGGGAGUGCAGCGCCGGGGACAAGGGGGGAGGCUUGUACAUGAAAGACUCGGUCGUCGAUGUAGGCGACUCGGCCUCCUUGGAGUUCCAGGCGUGCGCCUCGGGCACAUCGAGCGGGAACAAGGGCGGAGGCGUUUGCGCCUACGACUCCGCCAUGUCGGUCGGCGCGAGGACGACCGUCACCUUUCGGGAAAACUCUUCCCCGAUAGAGGACGGGGGCGGGAUGUUCGCGGAGUCUACGACGCUGAGCGUGGACGGGGACGGGGCGUCCCUGGUCUUCACCGACAACUUUUCGGGGGAUGGCGGCGGGGGGCUCACUCUCGAGAUGGGCUCGGACGAGGACGAGAUUGACAUUGACAUCUGUCUCUUUCUGGCCGAGGGCGCCACCAUGGACUUCUCCGGCAACGCGGCCACGGAGUACGGGGGCGGGAUGUACGUCGUCGGGUGCAAAGCCUCCGUCGCCGGAAGCGUCUCCUUCCGAGGGAACCACGGCGAGCGGGCGGGCGGCCUAUACAUCGAUGAGGGCGGGGUUUCCAUCUCCGGCAACGCCUCUUUCGUCGGCAACACGGCGGACCGGUGGGGCGGCGCGGUGUACGUGGUCGACUCCCGGGAGGACAACGGCCUGGGCUUGCGGAUGACCGGAGGCGUCGAGUUCACGGGCAACGCGGCCGGGCGGAGCGGCGGCGGCAUCUACGUGGUGAACGGUGACGUCACCGUCGUCCGAGACGCAACCGCAGCCGUGGGGGGGGAGGAGUUGCCCGGGGCAUCCUGGGUCGGUAACACGGCGGGGUACGACGGGGGCGUCAUCGCUGUCGACGGGGGCGGGGUCUGGCUGGAGGGAGGGCUGGCGAGCUCCAACAGCGCGUCGGAGCGCGGAGGCGUUCUGUUCGGCAUCGGCGAGAGCAACGUCUCGUGGAGCGGCGGCGGGGAGUCCUGGAACAACUCGGCGGCGUCCGGCGGGACCAUCUACGUCAGCAGCAGCGUCGCCAACCUCACGGACCUCCGCCUCGCGGGCGACCACACCCCGUCGGGCGCGAACCUCUUCUUCGCCGGGGCGGACGCGCGGGCCGUCAACGUUACCGCGGUCGCCCCCGAGGAGCUCGAGGCGACCUUUGCGCUGCACGUGGACUCCGGCUCGGCGUUCCGGGCGUUCGCGUGCGUCUUCGAAGGCUGGAGCGGGGACUCGCCGAGCGUCGUGAGCGAGGGGGACAUGGUCUUGGACGCGUGCGACUUCAGCGGCAGCGGCACGCCGACCCUGGUCCGGGCGUCCCGGACGGUGACGAUCAGGAACGCCGUCCUAGGGGACCAGAACUUCGGGCACGCAGGGUUCAACGCGUCGUCCCUGCUGGGGGUCGGCGCGCACGGCUGCUCCUCCCUGCCGGAGGAGCUUUCGUGCUCGGUGCCGGAGGAGUGCGUGGACGCGGAGAACGGGAUGGGGGUCUUGUGCCCGUCGUUCACUGAGGCCGCCACCGGCGGAUUGUUCACUCUCGCCGACGUCGAGGACGAGGACGACGGCGUGGGCUUUUCGACAGUGGAGCUCGUCUCCUCCAGCUCUGCCGGUUCGACGUCCUCCUCCUCCUCCUCCACCACCUCCUCCUCCUCCUCCCUCGCUUCAGCGGAGGUCUACUACCCGGAUCUGGUAACCCACGAGCUCGUCUUGCGGUACUCCUCGUCGGACGAAGAAGCGGCGGCGGCGGCGGCGGCAGGGAGCCAGCUGGGCGUGCUGUGGAGGCUCCAGCGGACCGACGGCGACGGCGGUGCCCAAGCCGCCGACGACGAGACCGGAGCCUUCGAGGGCGCGGCGCCGGACAACUUCGCCUGGACCGCGGUGCCCUGGUCCGGCUACCUGGUCCGGGGGCAGGAGGUCACCAUCCAGCUGGUGGGCACGCCGCCGCCGCCGCCGGACCCGUCCGCCCCGUUCGCCGUGUACAACGGAGAGGUGGCGGCCAAGUUCCGAGUGGUGACGCGGACGGCGGCCGCGGAUUCGGUGGCGACCUCCGUCGCGACCGAGGUGGAGCGGACGUUCUACUACUGCGCCGCGGGGUCGUACUGGCACGGGGAGGCCUGCGUCGCCUGCGCGGAGGUGAUGGCCGACGGCGAGGACUCGCUCGAGUGCUCGGUCCCGGGCGUAACGCUGGACACGCUCCCCCUGGCGGAAGGCUACUGGAGGGGUGACAUCACCCAGACCUACAUCCGCGAGUGCUGGAACCCGAGCGCCUGCGCCGGCGGCACGGGCGUCAACGCUUCCUCCUCCUCCUCCGCCUCCUCCUCUUCGUCCUCUUCGUCUUCCCGGAACUCGGUUUUCGCCGCAACAGUUACGACCACUGCUUCCACCACCGCCGAUGUCAACGCCACCGCCGCCAGCUUCGAGUACGAGGACGCUCGCUACUGCAUCGAGGGACACAGGGGCGCCUAUUGCGCCGUGUGCGCGGACGGGUACCGGAGGUUCUCGGGGGGGCAGCUGUGCGUCUCGUGCGCCGGGGUGUGGAGUACCGGGGCGCGAGCGACCUUGUGGGUGCUGGGGAUGCUGUCCCCGGUGGUGGUGGUGGCGCUGGUGGUGUUUUUGAUUGGUGGCCUCACCGCCGUGUCGCAGCUCCAGGGGAAGCUUUCGUUGUGCCUCCUCGGGCGUCGUUCGAAGACCGUAACUGCCUCUUCCGGCGGGUCUACCCUGGCGCCGUCGCGAGCGUCGAGGAGGGCCGCAGCGGGCACGGUCGGGCUGCGUCUCCUCCGUGCGGUGCCCUUCCAGAAGCUCAAGAUUCUUGUCGUGGUCUGGCAAAUCCUGACCCAGUUUUCGCACCUGGCGGAGAUCCCGUAUCCCCCGUCCUACCAGCGAUUCCUCAACAUCUUGGACGUCUUCAACUUCGACAUUACGUGGCCCCUGACGGCGGCGUGCAUCGUGGACAACAUCACCUUCUACCAGCGCCUGGUCGGGGUGACCCUCGGUCCCCUCGUGCUCCUGGCGUUCCUGUCCUUGACCUACGUCAUCGCCUUGUACGUGCACCGGCGGCGGAACUACUUCAGCAGCAGGGCUUCCGCGGAGGCUAGGCAGCGGGCCGUCGUCCGACACGCCAGCGCUGCUCUGCUCAUCCUCUUCUUGGUGUUCAGCUCCGUGAGCACGGCGGUGUUUUCUACGUACUCUUGCGACUACCUGGAAGACCUAGGGGUGUCGCUGCUUCGCGCGGACUACAGCAUCUCGUGCGACCACCCGGACCACACGUUCUACGAGGCUUACGCGGCGUUGAUGAUCCUCCUGUACCCCAUCGGGGUACCCAUGCUCUUCGCGGUGCUGUUGCUCAAGCGGAGGGAGAAGAUCAACCCUCCGACCCAGACUCUCGACCUUGCCGCGGCAACGGGCCCUGUCCUCAUGGAGAGAGUAUCUUCGGACACGGCGAGGAUGGAAAACGAGGGCAGCGGACACCCCGGUGCCGCUGCGGCCACCCCUCGCGCGACUCCCACGGCGAGAGGGCGCGAUAGCGGGGACAUUGAGCUCGCCGGCAUGAAGGACACCUCUCGGGGGGCUAGGAGAGGCAGCGCUGUUAGCGUCGCGUCGGAAGGGGACAGCCAGUACCACCGCAGGUGUAGCGGGGAGGGGGAGAGGAGGCCCUUGAGCAACGGCAGCAGCGGCGGUGCCCGAGGUGGUGGGAAUGCCCGGCGCUUGUCCGUUGUCGUCCCGGCGGCCGCAGAUGGCGGCGGCUUGGUUCAGGACAGAGAAGAGGUGCUGGAGAAUCGAGCCCAAGACCCGGAUCUUCAGUCGACAAGGUUCCUCUGGGAGCCCUACGAGCCGGACAAUUACUACUACGAGACCGUGGAAUGCGGACGGCGAUGCCUUCUCACUGGGGCGCUUGUGUUCGUGCUGCCGAAUACGGCUGGCCAGGCUGCCGGAGCGAGCGUCUUCGCGUUCGUCGGUCUUCUUGGCUUCGAGCUCCUCCGCCCGCACCUCUCUCACACCGAUGCUUGGAUGUACCGCAUCGGCUGCAUCACGAUUUUUUUCUCCAACUUCCUGGGGCUGAUGGCCAAGGCCGACGUCUCGGACGAAGAGGCUCAGAGCCAAGAGGCCUACGGCCUCCUUCUGAUCGCCGUGCACGUCUUGAUGGUCCUCGCCAUCCUUGCUCAGGCCUACGUUUCCAUGCAGCAGAAGAACGCUGGCGGGUGGGGGGAGAAGCAAGAAGAAGCGGCGCAGAAGAACGCGGGUGGGUGGGGGGAGAAGCAAGAAGAUGCGGCGGAGGCCGGCGGCGGCGGCGGCGGCGUCGUGAUGUGGAAGCACGACCGCGUGGGCGAAGGUGGUGGUGACGAUCGGGCGGAACGCGGCUCUUCGGUGGGCUGGGAAGACGUGGAAAGGCCAAGGCGAGCCAGGGGGCACCGUGACAAGAAAAGCUCUUCCCGAAGCUGCGGCGGUUCCUCCACCGACAAAGACGGCGACGAUUACGUCAUCAUGGCGGACUCCGUGGAGCUGGAGAGCGUCUACAGCACCAGUGGCAAGACCAGCCUCAUCGCGGGAGCCUUCGGGCUUCCCCACCGCAGAAGGCACGGGAGAGCCCUUAGCACCAGCAGCCUCGGCCUGUCGAGCAUCGAUGACUCCUUCCUGUCCUCCUUCGCAGCCGGCGGCACCACCGGCGGCGGCGGCGGCGGCGGCGGCGGCGGUACCGGCGAUGCGACGCUUUGCAGCGUCGCGGAGAGCCCACUGAGAGCCGCGGCGCGACCGGAGGGCCGCCGCCAAGGCGGCGGCAGACACCGGCCGUCUGCUGCUUCCCUGUCUCCCGAGCAGGCCGCGGGGCAUAGCGGUGGCGGCCGCGGCCCCCGCGCCGCCCGCGUGGGCGCCUCCCGCGCCUCCCGCGCCGCCCGCCGUCGUCCCCGCCCUGGCGGGGGUAAUAACGCGUCCGACCCCGAGUCUUCGAACGUCCCCGCUUCCGUCGUGUACGGCAGGGGAAGAGCGGCGCUGCGCUUGGAGGACGAAAGAGACACGACGGCCAGCAAGCUGGAGCGGCUGCACAGCUUGUUCGGCGGGUGCGUGGAUUCCCCGCCCCCCGCGAGGCGGCCGGCGCUUGCCGCCAGCUCCAGCGAGGGCGUAGCCGCCGUGCGGCGCUCGCAUCCUGGGAAGGCCGCCGCCCGCACUACCACUACCGCUACCGCCGCCGCGAUGCUCGACGGUUUCCCGCCGCCGUCCCCGCCGACUUUAGCCGCGACGGUGAGCGAGGGGACGGGGCCCCCGCGACUGCGACCGAAAGGUGACACUACGAAGUGGUUGCCCCUCAACAUUAACAAGUAGACGUUGUUUGUGAGACGGUACGCGAGAACGCGCGCUGUAGCCGAGCUAACGGAAACAUCCCUUUUUCUUUUCUUUUUUUCGUGUGCUCGGUGGUGGUAUGUCUGGAACUUUUGUUUUUUCGAGCUGGUGCGCGUCGCAGUGGUUUUGCUUGUUCUGUGUUUUGUGGUUGGCUGAUUUGUUUUUGGACCCCCGUGCGGGAUACUGUAUGCGGUUGCGACAUUCGUUCGGCAUAUUCAUUCGUGUUCGUUGCGUGGCCUUAGCUGGCUCGUCGACUCCAGAGAUCGGGUGUGGGCCGGUAGAUGUUGUUGUUCGUAUUCUCCUGCCUUGUUUGGUCUUGAUCAUUUACUGUAGCUGACUCGUCGACUCCAGAGAUCGGGUGUGGUCCGGUAGAUGUUGUUGUUUUUAUGGUGAUCAUAUUGCUUGAUUUUGAUUGGUGCCCUCGACGGAAGGGACGACGCGUGCCAUAUGCUGGGCGCGGGCCCCGGGGACGCAAUACCCAGGCUUUAAAGCACACAUGUGGUCGAUUGUGGGGAUCAUACGGACCCCGCUCGCUGUUGUGGUAUGAUCCUGUGCUGUGCAGUAUCUGCGAUAACGGGCGACGGCCCCAAAUCCAUCCUUGUUGCGGGCUUGGCACCGAUUUGUGUAUAAUAGAUAUGCACGCCCUUCUGUACAUUAGCGGGCGUUUGACCAAGCGCCGGGGUUCUGUGUGAAAGGGACUGGUAUAGAUGAAGUUAGAAAGUUGACAUUUUGUUUGUUUAAGUUGGGAAAGGUGUCCCGGAUUUGUGCGGGUGAAAUCGCUUGCCAUGCACCCGCACUAGUGAAGCCCCUCUACAGUACUAUUUCUCAUGUAUGUUGCUUCUGCUUUUGCUCGGGCCGCUUUACUACUGGAUGUUGUUGUUGCCGUGAGCUUGAAGAUUUUGGUUUUUUGUUUUUUCAGUGUGUGAGUUUAACCUUGUAGUGAUAGCGCGGCCAUGCUUUCGAUCCGGCGAUAACAGCUGCUUCUCGAUCGCGGCUGUAGCCUGUUCUCUCGAGCACACUCACUCCCUCCC